GCGGUAUGAUUUUCAAAAUAAGACAGUUUUUAUUGUAUAAUGGUCUUAACACAUACGUUGUCAUGCCUGUGUUAAUUUUUCAGACAACUCAACACAAAUGAUUUAUUUCAAACUCACAAUAGAGAAAAGUGCACAUGCAAAAGUAACUAAUGUUCUGACAUCUUUCGGGACGAAUCUUUGGACCAUUAGCAACGUCACAGAGACAACAAACUGUGAAGCCAAUUCGUGUUACUGCAUGAAAGGCUACAAGUGGAACGAUACAGUUUGUCAGACCCAGAAUUGUUGUGGGAACUCCACCUGCACCUUCACAAGUCCAGCUCACUGUGUCUCAGUAUCCACAAUUAAGAUUCAAGGUUCAGUUCAUUUGGACCCACAGACAUUUGGAGGCUGUCUGGCAACGAAAACCAAUGACCUAUAUAUAAAGUGUAAUGAAAACGUGACAGUCAAGAUGAAGACAACAUUCAGCACUAUAAAUGGAUUUGAAGCCUUGACCAUUCAAAAUUAUACUGUUGGAAGCGUCAUCGCAAAUUUUCAAAUGGUCUUUGUUUCAAGUGUCACUUCACAAGAUCUGAUUACUAAAUCACAAGCGGUGAUUGCUUCUCUGGGUGCCUCGAUGAUUUUGGAGACUACAGGUGUUGUUCAGAUACACAUGCCACCCAACCCUGUGAAAUACGACAGUAAUGACACUGUCAGCUGCACAUCACAAGAUGACCUGGGAACCGAUCCAAUAUGGACGCUGCAGCAGCCGGGUGGUGUAAAUACCAUAUAUAAUGGUACACAGGCAACUGUGAUAUUAGGUCACAGGGAAACAACAGUUAGUCUCAACGAUAUCACCGAACUCUGGCAUGGGACGUACAAGUGUGCCUACAUCAUCAACAAUGGCAGUCUGAUCAUUACUCACCAAGCCAACGGUUUAAUGGACGUAGCUGUGGUUCCUGACAUCAGCAUCACUAUAAACCCACAAUUUCCAAGGUGCAAGGACAGUUUGAGUUUACUGCCAGUACAAAUUAAUUGUCAGGCGGCACAAAUUGGUUAUACUUACAAUGUGUCGUGGACAUCAGACAUCACAUCUGCAUUAACCCCAGUUACACAGAGUAAGUAUAGCAUGAAUGGUUCUACAGGUGGAGUGUGGGGCAAGACGACUUCGCAGUGUGUGCUACAGGAUCUGUACGCGGUGCUGCAAAAAUCAUUGAUUGUGGACAUCGGACUUGGCUUAUUGGAAAAAAAUGGUGCAAUAGUGUUUUCUGAGCUUCAGCGCUCCACUAAUAACUCAGCGCUCAUCGACAGUGCUUCCAACAUAAACGCAACUGUUGAAGUUCUCUCAAAUAUGCAAAAUAAGUUGAAAACUAUGCAGAACAGUUCAGCAGUGAGUGAUUUUUUAUCAUCAUCUAGCAAUAUACUGAACACAACUGAAGGUUCUUGGAAAAAUAACAACGGCAAUACCGAGGAUAAUACUACACUGGCUGAGAGAUACCUGGAGUCGGUUGAGGAGCUAAUUAAGAAAACAACUUUUGCAAUUAAUCAAACUACGCCAAAUGUAGUGGUUAACACGUGUAAUGAAAGCAACUGUCGAAACAGUGUUUUCAAUGUCAGCGUCACUCUUGGGGAUUCUUACAAUGGGAACGUAACAACAACUGGAUUCCAAAAGCUGCACAACCUUUUGCCAUCUCCUUCCAAUGCCAAACCAAACAGCAUAGUUGUGUCAACCACUACUGGAACCCAACUGCCUAGUUCAGUUGAGAUUACAAUCGACUUUGUUUUGAUCAGUCCUAGGCCCCGCAAUGUUCUGAUCAAGUGUGUUGCGUGGAACAACAACACUGGGCAGUGGUCCCCUGAUGGUUGUAGGUGGCAGGGUGCCAGCUCUCCAGGGCUCUGCGUUUGCCAACAUUUGUCCUCAUUUGCCAUUCUAAUGUCAAAGGAGCCAAUUGAGAUCGAUGGAGCGUCACAGAUAACCUACGCCGGCCUGGGUGUAUCAGUCAUAUGCCUCCUCAUUAGUCUCAUGAUAGAAAUAACUGUCUGGAGCACAGUGGUUAAAACGAAUACUUUAUACUUACGCCACACGGCCCAUUUCAACAUCUCCCUGUGUUUGCUCAUUGCAGAUUGCUGCUUUUUAGCAUCGUCCAUAAAUCAGAUUCCAGCUAUCUGGUGUCAGAUCUUCACAGUGCUGAAGCAUUUCUGCUACCUGGCCAUGUUCUUUUGGAUGCUGUGUCUGAGCAUCACUCUCCUUCAUCAAGCUGUUUACUUGUUCCAUAACGUGAGCAAAACAAGCUAUCUGAGGUUCUCGUUAGUCCUGGGGUACGCGUGUCCUUUUCUUAUUGUUUUCAUCACGUUCAUCAUCAACGACACCGGUGCCGAGGGCUCCUACUACUCCAGCGACGGCUGCUGGCUGGUUUAUAAAGGACUUCUACAAGGGUCUAUCUACACAUUCAUCAUACCAGUUGGUAUAAUUAUUUUCAUCAACACGUUUUCCAUGCUGGUGGUGAUCAUGAAGCUUCUGGACCACCCAAAGAGCACCGACAAAUCUUGUGACAAAGAAAAAAAUGCAGCCAAGACUGUCAUGAGAACUGUUAUUCUCCUGACACCGAUCUUUGGUGUCACUUGGAUUUUAGGAUUUGUUGUGAUGAUUCUCGACCUCACAACUGGACCCAUAGCCUUCGCGGUCAACUAUGCCUUUAUCCUGCUGAAUGCAUUCCAGGGAUUUUUCAUACUGUUAACCACGUGCAUUGGAGACAGAAUGGUUCGUGAAACAGUGCUCAGUCGUUUCAGAAAAAAAGCUCCAGCAUCCUUCAGCGAGAGCACCACAAAGAUGGACUCCUCUUUGAAGAAGUGAAAAUUACUCUGAAGUUACAACAGUCUUUCCUUUCGCUGCUUAAGUCUCUAAUUCAACUCUGCAGUUUGUUGUUUAAUCACACACUAGUUUUUAUUAGGAACAUCUGAGCUGUAUUGUUUUUUUAUGCUUUAAAAUAUAUUAAUCAGUUCAGUUGCAGAUAAUUCUACCUAAUACCUUGAAAUGCAAUGUUGAGUUGGUCUAUGUUUUAUUGCCUUCUGCUUGACUCUCUUUGCUGUGCCCUGUCCACUCCUCGUCCGUGUCGUCCACUGAAAUCCCUUUCUGGGCUGCCAUCUUGCGGUAGGCCUGGCACUCAAUCUCGGCUCUGCAACAUACAAGACCGCAGCAGAUACACCUACUGUACUUCACUGACAGGCUUUGCAUGAAGUUACUGGGACUGCGCAUUCAGAAAAGCUUUGCGGUUAAUAGACAGUAUCAGUUAAAGUACGACACAUGUAUGCAAAUUAAAUAAGCAAGUAUGAUUGAUAAUAAAGAAAAAUGCCACA